AUGGGUGAGGAGCUCCCAAGCCGGCUGCUGCCCUCUGCUGUGGAUGAGUGGACCGGGGUGGAGGGGAGGAAGGACCGUGAGGCCCUCUUCGAAAGCGCCCCCGCCCCGAAUCUCCCAGAACAGAGCCGGCCUAUUCGCCAUUUGGCAAACGGCAGCCGGAGCGGCCCAGCCAAGGCUUUUCAGAGGCAGGAUCUGGCACCGUGGCUGAGGUCGCCGCGCUUCCUCUGCUCACAAACGAGCAGUGGCUGGCGUGAUGUGGGCGGCUGUCCCCACCCCCGCAGCGCUGAGCCGCAGCAGAGAGACUUAAAGGCGGGGGACAAAGGCGGCCAGCCGGAGCCCAGGGCCGCGGGAAGAGCUGAGCUCAGCGGUUCCUUGGCUCUUCGGAGAGCAGGACAGGGCGGAAGCGAAGGGCAGAGGACACAGCGAGGGGGCAGGCUGGAGGGGGGGGGGAUGCUGAGAGGCCGCCAAGGGCAAAACACACUCUUGGCAAAGGAUGGGUGGAAAGAGGAGCAGCCAAGGACUGUAAGCAGAGCCCGUGCCUGCCGAUCUUGGCUGAGUGAGGGCCACAGCUUCAGGGUCUCCUGCAGGAGGACUGCAGAGCAAUGCUGCCUCAGCACGGAGGCCCAUUUCCGCACUGUCCUGAGCCGAGCAUGCGCUCACCUCCCUGCGGUGGCCCUCAUGAAACAGAUGCGCGAGGAGCAGCAGCGGCGGCGAUUGGUGGAGACCAAGAGGAACCGGGAGAUUGCUCAGCUCAAGAAAGAACAACGGAGGCAGGAGUUUCAGAUACGGGCCCUGGAGUCUCAGAAGCGUCAGCAGGAAAUAGUCCUGAGGAGGAAAACCCAGGAGGUUUCUGCACUGAGGCGCUUGGCAAAGCCCAUGUCAGAGCGAGUGGCUGGGCGUGUAGGGUCGAAGCCCCCCAAUUUGGAUUCUGGGGCUGAGGUGUCUGCCAGUACGACCUCGUCUGAGGCUGAAUCGGGAGCCCGCUCUGUCUCCAGCAUAGUGCGGCAGUGGAACCGAAAGAUCAACCACUUCCUGGGGGACCACCCUGCAUCUGCUGUCAAUGGCACCCGCCCUGCCAGGAGAAAGUUCCAGAAGAAGGGGGCCAGCCAAAGCUUCAGUAAGGCUGCAAGACUCAAAUGGCAGUCCCUGGAGCGGAGGAUCAUCGACAUCGUCAUGCAGAGGAUGACCAUUGUCAACCUGGAGGCUGACAUGGAGCGUCUCAUAAAGAAAAGGGAGGAGCUGUUCCUCCUCCAGGAGGCACUUCGGAGGAAGCGGGAGCAGCUGCAGGCUGAGAGCCCUGAGGAGGAGAAGGGCCUGCAGGAGCUGGCUGAGGAGAUCGAGGUGUUGGCAGCCAAUAUUGACUACAUCAAUGACAGUAUCACUGACUGCCAAGCCACCAUCAUGCAGCUAGAGGAGACCAAGGAGGAGCUGGACUCAACCGAUACGUCAGUGGUCAUUAGCUCCUGCUCUCUAGCUGAAGCCCGCCUGCUGCUAGACAACUUCCUCAAGGCGUCCAUUGACAAGGGACUCCAGGUAGCACAGAAGGAAGCCCAGAUCCGGCUGCUGGAAGGACGGCUGAGACAAACAGACAUGACAGGCGCUUCCCAGAACCACCUUCUCCUUGAUGCUUUGCGUGAGAAGGCCGAGGCACACCCUGAGCUGCAGGCCCUCCUCUAUAAUGUGCAGCAGGAGAAUGGCUAUGUGAGCACAGAUGAGGAAGUCUCCGAGUUCUCUGAGGGAAGCUUUUCCCAGUCAUUCACCAUGAAAGGCUCCACCAGCCAUGAUGACUUCAAGUUUAAGGGUGAGCCUAAGCUAUCUGCCCAAAUGAAGGCUGUGUCUGCGGAAUGCCUGGGACCCCCAUUGGAUAGUUCCACCAAGAACAUCACCAAGUCCCUGGCCUCCCUCGUUGAGAUCAAAGAGGAUGGAGUGGGCUUCUCCAUCCGGGACCCCUAUUACCGCGACAAGGUCUCCCGGACUGUCAGCCUGCCCACCCGGGGCAGCACUUUCCCCCGGCAGUCUCGUGGUGGUACAGACACAUCCCCUCUGACCCGAAGAAAGUCUUAUGACCGGGGGCAGCCAAUCAGAUCCACAGACAUGGGAUUCACACCUCCAUCAUCACCUCCCACUCGGCCCCGCAAUGACCGCAAUGUCUUCUCUCGCCUCACGAGCAAUCAGAGCCAGGGGUCAGCACUGGACAAGUCUGAUGACAGCGACUCCUCUUUGUCGGAGGUCCUGAGGGGCAUCAUCACCCCCAUUGGCGGAGCCAAGGGAGCACGGACGGCCCCUCUGCAGUGUGUCUCCAUGGCCGAGGGCCACACCAAGCCUAUCCUCUGCCUGGAUGCUACCGAUGAGUUACUUUUCACGGGGUCCAAAGACCGUAGCUGCAAGAUGUGGAACCUGGUAACAGGGCAGGAGAUCGCGGCCCUCAAGGGCCACCCCAACAACGUGGUGUCUGUCAAAUACUGCAGCCACUCUGGGCUGGUGUUCUCUGUGUCCAGCUCCUAUAUCAAAGUGUGGGACAUCCGGGACUCGGCCAAGUGCAUCAGGACCCUCACAUCCUCGGGCCAGGUGAUCUCAGGAGACGCUUGUAUAGCCACAUCUACACGUGCCAUCACCAGUGCCCAGGGCGAGCAUCAGAUUAACCAGAUGGCCCUCAGCCCCUCAGGCACCAUGCUGUAUGUGGCUUCUGGCAAUGCUGUCCGCAUCUGGGAGCUUAACAGGUUCCAGCCCAUUGGCAAACUAACCGGCCACAUCGGCCCAGUGAUGUGCCUGACAGUCACUCAGACUUCGAACCAGCAUGACCUCGUGGUGACUGGCUCCAAGGACCACUACGUGAAGAUGUUCCAGCUGGGCGACUGUGUGAUGGGCACCAUUGGCCCGACCCACAACUUUGAGCCCCCUCACUAUGACGGUAUUGAGUGCCUGGCCAUCCAAGGAGACAUACUGUUCAGUGGUUCCAGGGACAAUGGCAUCAAGAAGUGGGACCUGGGACAGCAUGAACUCAUUCAGCAAAUCCCCAAUGCUCACAAGGACUGGGUGUGUGCCCUGGCCUUUGUUCCUGGCCGACCCAUGCUGCUGAGCGCCUGCCGGGCAGGCUUCAUCAAGGUCUGGAAUGUGGACAACUUCACCCCCAUUGGUGAGAUCAAGGGCCAUGACAGCCCCAUCAAUGCCAUCUGUACCAACAGCAAGCACAUCUUCACGGCCUCCAGUGACCUGACAGUGAAGUUCUGGAGCAUGCGGCGGCUACCAACAGCCCACCCUUGAAGUUAGGACUGAGGGUGGCCAGACCCUCAGACCCAGCGGCCUACACAGCAUGGAAAAGGAAGCUGUGGCCUGACCUGACCAGACCAGCCAGGUGCACUGAGGACAGAGGGUGUGGCCCUUCUCUUGCCCUGCUUCCUCUCGCCAUCCCCUCGGUCCCUCCCCUGCCUCCUGAGAGAGGAGAGGCUGAGGAGGGAAUCAGCUGUGAAGCCAAAGGGCAUGGUCCAUCCCAUCCCCCCACCCCCACCCCAACUUCCUUGUCCUCCCCACAACUGGCCACAUCCUGCUGAGCCAGUCCUGCCCUUCUCUGAGCCCUCAGCCUAGGGUGACACUGAGGGAGAAAGAGCCCUAGCCACCCCGUCCCCCAUCCAUCCUCCAGUGAGCUAGCCUCUUCCGUGUCUCCUAACCCCACCUCUGGAGCCACUGCACCUGCCUCUGAGCCCACCAAGGUAGUUCUCAGGUAACCAUGGAAACCAGAUGUAAGCAGCCAAGUCCCGCAGCCGACCCUAAGCCCUAUGGCUGCCAAUAACCAACCCCCGUGGGGCUCAGUCAUCCCCUGGGGUCCCCUUCUGCUGAGGCCUCAGUGGAGCUGCUUAAACAAUUCUUUUGGGGGGUGGGGUGGGGGGAAGGUCAGCAAUACUACAGUUACUUAAUUUAUUGUUUUUUUAUUUUUAUGUUUCGCUGUUGCCUCCUGGAAACUGACUUGAAGUUUCUUCCCAUCUUCUUCCCUCUGCUCUUGGAGGGAGGGAGGGGAUCUUCUCUUUGGCGCUCCAGCCCCCUUUCUGUCUACCCCUUGCCUCCCCCUUGGUGUGCAGAGGAGGGAAAGGCCCCCUUUUGCAGCUCUGGCCACUGCCCCGGCUCUGCCCCACCCCGGUUCUGCCUCACCCCAGCAUACCCUCUAGUAUAGUUCAGGUCUCUAGGCCGCCUGAUGCCAUAGUGCCUUCCUCCAUCCUGAGGCCUGGCAUCAUGCUGGGCAGCCUUAUGCCAGCCAUGCCCACAGCCCACAUGUGUCUUCUUAUGGGCCUCGUGCCCACAGACCCUGAAGGUCAGAGAGUCCACCCAAGACCAACAGCCCAAGACCAGGGAACCCAUGCUCCCGAGAGUCCGGUGUGGUCUAAUGGGGUCCUGUCCACUAGGUAGCGGGUUGGGUAAUAAAGACCAACCUAACCCCCCAGCUAAUUAUGUUUCCAUCCCAAGGGGACAGGGAGCCUCCUCAGCUUCUUUUUUUUUAGUUGUUCUAGAAACAGAUUUCCAAGCCUUAAAACCAGCCUGGGCCAAAGGCUCUCCCUUUUAGAUUAGCAAGAGGAGGCUCACACUCUUUCCUUGCUUCUCCCAUGGGGCUGUGGACUCAGCUGCAGGGAUGAGGUGGAAUCAGUGUCUGGCGCCCCCUAUCGGAACAACUCUGAAUUUGUAAGAUUAGACCUUGAGAGGGGUCAACUCCAUCCUUCAGCCCUGGCUUCCCCUGCCCCUUAAGCUGCUCCACACUUACUUCACUGGUCAUGUGCUUCCGCCGUGAACCCCAGCUCCAUUCAGAGGACAUGGUGACUUUGUGGACUUUGGAGAGGUAGCAUAGUACCUCUGCACUUAGCUCUUCGCCCUCUGUGGCCGGGUACAUUGGUGCCUGUCCAUGUGGCCCUGGGAUGGGAGGGAGGGUCCCUCCCUGCUGAGGACAGACCCUCUCUGAGUCAUCCCAGAGCUGUGUCCAAGGCUGAAACGAAGACGAUCGUCCCGCUUAUCGGUGGCCCCUGCCGGACAUGGUAUUAAGUCUGAGUAAGUGGAUAUUCACAAUGAUGCAUCUGACAGCUAGAACCUGGACAGUCUCUCUGCCAUGACCAGAAAUCCUCCUUCCUCUGCUCAUCCCGGGAGUGCUAAGAAACUGCCUUAGCACUCAGAAGUGACCACGUCUUCUCCUCCACCCCUCUCCACCUGAAUGGAAAUCCUGGACCUUCCAUCCUGUAAGAAAACCCAGAACCUAUCUGCAUGACUGUUUACAAACUACAGAAACACAUGAGACUUAUCCUGACUCCAUGGUCUGGGCUGCCCCAGCCUGGGGUGCCUGUACUGUAUAGCUGCAAGGCCAGUUCCUGUACAAAGCGUGUGGUCUUACAGCCCCGUGAGAGGUGCUCACCGUCAAUGCCCCUUCAGCCAUUUCUGAUGGGUCCCUACCUCAUGACGGGGCUGCUAUGCUGUCCCAGCGAGUGUCAUUCACUAAACUUGAAAUCCUUUGGAGUUCUGAGCGCAUCAUCCCCAAGCCAUUCUGAGCUGAGUCCUGGGAAUGAUGGAGUCCCUGCCCACUCUUUCAAGGGUGUCCAAGGUACAUGGUCAGGGCAGAACCCUAGCUCCACUCACUGCACAAGCAUCCUACAUGUUGGAAGCACAAACUGGUUGUGACUGAGCACAAUGGCAGGUCUCUGGGUAGACGGUAUGGGCAAGCUUGGGCCCAGGAGGCUUUUCCCAAAUGGGCUGAGUCUUAAGUUAGGCUAGGGAUGUCCAUGUGUGUGGCUGACUCACCCAUGUACUUCUGGGACUUGUCAUAUUCUUGUGCCCCAUCCUAAGACUUGAGGCCCAGGCCACAUCUGUAUGCUAGGGGACCCUCCCUAGACCCCCAUACCCCAGGCCUUUAAAAACCUGCAUAUAGCUGUACCCCACCAUACUGAGCCUGAAGAGCCUGGACCCAGGCUCCCACCUCCUGAACUAACCUCUACAUCCAUGCUUCUGAAGCUGAUCGGCUUCCACCUGGACGGGACUUGUCUACUGUGCCCACUCUUUUAGGCCUUCUCUGCACAAUCCCAGGCCAGGACCCGUUCCAGUAUUAACCAGUUCAGUGUUUGCUCUUGCUGAAGAGACUUGACUCUGCAGCAGCCAGAUCCUGGAAGGCUGUGCCUGGAGCAGCCUUUAGAGACUACCAAGGAGAGAGAGAAGGCAAAGAACAAGAGGCUGACCCAGCCCAGCCUUUGAUGUGGUCAGAGCACCACCACCAGCUACUUGAAAAGGAACAGCUAUGGACCUGGGAGUAGCCUCCCACCCUUGUGCCAGCUGCAGGCUUGCAGGCUUGGUGUUGUCUGAGGCUGUGUGGCCUGGUCAGAGGGUAGUUUGAAGCACAAACCCAUGUGGGUAGGCCGCUGCCUCGCUGGGGCAUUUUCGAGCUACCCAUUGUGGUAGCAGCGUGGGCAGGAAGCUGCUGUGAAGUCGGGGUAUCACCCUCUGUCCCGCCCUCUCCCAGUUCCUGGAGGCCUCCCCUGGAGUCUGGGCUGGGUGCAGCCACACACCCUUGGCUAAGCCUGCUUUGUUUGUGUGGGCAGGACCUACCCUGCAGGAGCAGUGAAGGCCUUCCCAAACCUGGGGCAUCUGUCCCUUUGUCCUUUCAAACAAGAAACUGCUGUUGCUUCCUCUGUGCAGUGGCCGGUGACCCCACCGCGCCUCCCUGAGCCCAGGCUGCCCCUCCUGACUCCCGAGUCUUCACUGCUCCUUAUGUGCAAGAACAGAAUGUGCAGGGGAACUUGUCUCUUUGACAUCUUUGUUCUGUCUCCUGUGCCCAGCCCCUUCAUCUCCAGCACCCAGUUGACCUCCUUGACCUCCUCCCCUCCACCUUCAAUCCUAAAGGCUUUGUCAGAAAGGGGCAAGUUGGUACUGCUGAAAAUCAGAGAUCACUGAUGUCUUGCUGCCCUGCCCUGCCACCAACUCUUAAAGCCGUUGCCCCUGCCCAGGCUGCCCCUGCCCAGGCUGUUGGGUCUCUGGGCCCAUGCGCUCUCCUAUCACAUGGUAGCACAAGGUGUGUAUAUGUUUUGUACCUCUGCUGAUGACUGUACAUAGUGUAUGAAAGUUAUUUAAGCCUCAUGCUGUACAUUUCUGUUCUGGAAUUGGAUGUGUGUGCUCUAAGGAUUUGUCAUAAAUAAAACCCGAAUGAUCAUUGUCUGAA